UACCCGGAAGGAGAGGAAAAUCGUCAGCUGACUUGAGUUGAUGAGUUGUUUUUGACAGUUAAAAGGCUUUUUAGUCAUUUAAAAGUAGAGUUCCUUUGCAUUAUCAGUCGUUCGUGAGUAAAAUAGUUAUGUUACGACCAAAGGCGUUAACGCAGGUUCUCAGCCAAGCGAACACAAACGGAGUCCAGAGCACACUCUUGCUGAAUAAUGAAGGUUCACUUCUGGCGUACUCUGGGUAUGGGGACACUGACGCACGGGUGACAGCAGCCAUCGCAAGCAACAUCUGGGCGGCCUACGACAAGAACGGCCACCAAGCCUUUAACGAAGACAAACUGAAAUUCAUACUCAUGGAUUGUAUGGAAGGAAGAGUGGCCAUAACUCGUGUAGCCAACCUACUGCUGUGUAUGUACGCCAAAGAGACAGUGGGCUUUGGAAUGCUUAAAGCCAAGGCAGAAGCACUGGUGCACUACCUGGAGGAACCAUUAACCCAAGUGGCAGCGUCAUAGUGGAGAUGCGAUUGAAACUCUGCCUGUUGCUUCUGCCUGCCAGGGGGGAAAAAAAGUAUAUGAUCCAGGUCAUUCAUGCACUACUAUAACAUUCUGUGUAGGUGCAUGUGGUUCUGAGUGUGUGUGUCUGUGUCUGUGUGUGUGCGGGUGUGUGUGUGUGUGUGUGAGAGAGAGAGAGGUGUCAGUGUAUUUAUAAUCAUAUGGUAUUGAAACAAAUAACUUGUAUGGGUUUUUAAAUAUUUCCCCUCUCCUGUGGCUCUGUUCAUCUAAUAGUCUGAAAGUCCACUUAAUUUGUCGGUAGGAAGUCUGAGUGUUCGACUGCUGAAAUGAUUCCAUUAUCAGCUGGUCCCACGGUUGAUUCAUUCAUUUGCAGUUUUCGCUCAAGCGUGCCGAGAACAGUUAAGCAGAAAAUUGAACAUUUUGAAUCCUAUCAGAGGACUAAAAUGCAUAUAAUACAAAGGCUUGUGGAAACCCUCAGAAGAAUUUCUGCCUGAUGAAAUGCAUUAUGAUUAUUUGCUAAGUUUUGUUUCACAGCUGUCAAAUAAACAAUUUUUGGACAAA